CUCAGCCACCUGCUCUGGAAAAUUCCCAUCGCGGGUCUCCGGGGUCACGCGUGGCGCGAUACCUGUUACACGUGUACAAGCUGAACGCGUAGUUCACCUUUUGCUACCGGCGUAAUGGUAGCUGUUACUGAUCGAUCUUGGAAAUGAGGUUACACAGACUUCGCUUCAUGAAACAAGCCAAUGAGACCUAGGCGGUCAGGGCUGGCAGACCAGUUGUAUAAAGAGUCAAGUCAAGCCACCAAGACCAAAAAGGAAUUGAGUGACCGGGGACUUUUGCAGGCCUCGUAGAUUAUCAUAUUCUAAAUACCAUCAAAUUCCAAGCCCAUAUCUCUGCCCUUGUUUUAGUGGACGAGAGUAACCCAACGAUCCCAUCAUUCCACGAUAUAGAGAAUGAAGCAUGUUCCACGACUUUUGCGCAAAAAUAAUCUAGCUUUCCGACACUGAAAUCACAUGGAGGGAGAUGAGACGCAGUUAUUUUCAGAUGAUGACAGGGAGAAUCACCCUAUCUCCAAGCGCUCGGCUUCCGAAGAACCGAAUACCGCCCCUGGUGCCAAAAGAAUCAAGAUACUUUAUGAUGCGCGUCCAAAGGCAGAAUCUGGGCCUCCGGCUGCACCACAGCGAAUCCCUUUCCCAGACAAGCCCACAGUUAUAGAAGAAAGAAAUGGCGAGAUUGAGUUUCGAGUUGUCAACAACGAUGGCAGCAGAGAGAACACAAUUAUCCUCACAGGUCUUAAAUGUCUAUUUCAGAAACAACUGCCAGAGAUGCCUAAAGCGUAUAUCGCACGUCUUGUUUACGACCGUACUCAUUUAUCCAUCGCUCUUGUGAAGAAGCCUCAUGAAGUUAUUGGCGGGAUAGCAUACCGUGAAUUCCGAACCCGGAAGUUUGCUGAAAUCGUGUUUUGCGCGGUCGAAGCCGAUCAGCAAGUCAAAGGGUAUGGAGCUCACCUCAUGGCUCAUCUGAAGGAUUAUGUCAGAGUCACUUCGCCUAUUAUGCAUUUCUUGACCUACGCCGACAAUCAUGCUACCGGUUACUUCCAAAAACAGGGCUUUUCUAAAGACAUUAGUCUAGACAAGUCUAUCUGGAUGGGGUGCAUUAAGGAUUACGAAGGAGGAACGCUGAUGCAUUGCCCAAUGAUUCCUCGAAUUCGUUAUCUCGAAGCUGGCCGUAUGCUUCUUAAGCAGAAAGAAACUAUACAGGCCAAACUUCGUCUCUUAAGUAAAAGCGACGUCGUCCACCAACCCCCCCAGCAAUGGACGGACGGCACCAUCAUGCCAAUUGAUCCACUCUCUAACCCUGCUAUCAAGGCAACGGGCUGGUCUCCAAGCAUGGACGAACUAGCCCGGGAACCACGCCGUGGACCCCAUUUCAACGAACUUCAUCGUUUCUUAUCCCAGAUCCAAUUCCAUAAACAAGCAUGGCCCUUCCUCUAUCCAGUAAAUAAAGACGAAGUUACAGACUAUUACGAUGUUAUUACUUCGCCAAUGGAUCUGUCGACUAUAGAAGAUAAAUUGAAGCGAGACCUUUAUGCUGCUCCGAAGGGCCUUGUUAAUGACCUGAAGUUGAUGUUUAGUAAUUGUCGGCAGUAUAACGACGCGUCAACGGUUUAUAGCAAGUGUGCGGCCAGGCUGGAGAAGUAUAUGUGGAGUCUCAUUAAGGAGAUUCCGGAGUGGUUUGAAUUGGUCGACGAACAAUGAUUGGUGCCAGCGCGUCUCUAU